CAAUGUCACGCAAGUUCCAUCUGUACUGUAGUCCGGUGCUGUCCGAUCGUGGAUUAAAAAUACUAUCAAUUACAAUCAAGAAUCAAAUUAGAGUAGAUUCACCUGUUUCUUAUCAGUAAAAUUAGUUUAAAGGUUUCAUUUUGUUAAAAUGUCAACAAUGUUUCCUGCUUUAUGUCGCAUGUCUCGUACUUUCGUAAUCAAUAACAACAAUUCUGUUAAAAUAACGCUUCGGAAUACGAUACGAUACAACACCACUGUAGCUAAUGUGCUAAAAUCCUAUAAAGUUAAACCUAAGAAAGAACCCGGGGAAGUGUUCAAAUGGAUUUUAUUGAUGAUUCCAGUGACUUCUUUUGGUCUUGGUUGCUGGCAAGUGUACCGUCUACAAUGGAAACUAGGGCUCAUUGAUAUGAUGAAAGCUAAGACUAAUGCUACUCCAGAGCUAAUACCAACAGAUUUUGCAGAACUGGAACACAUGGAAUAUAUGCCUGUUAAGGUAAAAGGAGAGUUUCUCCAUGACAAGGAAAUACUUAUUGGGCCCAGAGCAUUAAUUGAACCCGACACCCCUUUACCUAGGACUGGAUCACUUGUCUCUGACCCCAAGACCAACCAAGGAUGGCUAGUGAUCACCCCAUUCAAGUUGUCUGAAACAGGAGAGGUAAUUCUGAUAAACCGAGGAUGGAUCCACCAAAGUCAGCGACCAAAAGAUAAACGUCAGCCAUCAUUAGUGGAAGGUGAAAUUGAAUUGGUUGGUGUUGUGAGAUUAACUGAAAAACGGGCACCUUUCAUGCCUAAAAACAAUCCAGAAAAAGGAUCAUGGUUCUCUAGGGAUUUAGACCAGAUGAGUGCUUACCUUGGCUGUGCCCCUGUGUGGCUUGAUGCACGGGGCAUACCAGAUCCACCACAAGGCUGGCCAAUUCCCAACCAAACCAGAGUCACUUUGAGGAAUGAACACCUAUCAUACAUUGUCACCUGGUAUUCAUUAUCCAUACUUACAGCUAUCAUGUGGCGUCGCUAUUUUAUUAGAAAGUUACCAUUAUUGUAAAUAAAUAGUAUUAUUUACGUUAUUGUUACAUUGAAAUGCAUUUUACUUUGUAAAUUAGCUAUUUAUAGUGCUUUUGUUAAUUGCUUUAGAUGUUCAAGAGUAAUACGUAUUUGUAACUAGUUUCAAUAAAUUAAGUAUGUAAUAGUGAA